CGAUUGACCUGCACUGCACAUGACCGACACGGCCGGCCGCCAUAAAAGCGGCUACACCUACCUUCUGCAUCAGCACACACAUAUAUAAACAUACACACAUACGUACGAAUGGCCUAUACUGUAUAGAUAAGUAAAGAGAGGGCGGACGCCUACACACAACUGGACAAACUUUUUCAAGUAGCACCUGGACUCCUUCCUACUCACUCAGCCGCAUGAGUCACACAAGCUAGUCAAUCUACCUUCGCGGCUCCUCACUAUGACUAAGACUAAGAAGGCGUCAUGUAUAACAUACGUCGUCUGACUCGUCUGCAUCAGAAUCAGACGCCAGAGGGUCGUCUUCAAGGGCCUCCAGGGCCUCCAUGGCGCUCAUGCUGAUGCGUCGCUGACAAUGGGGUCCUCAGCGGCCUCCUCGAUCCACUCUUUGCACCCGCCCUGCAUACAUGGAUGGCAUUCACACAUACAGCAACCAGAGCCAGCCACACACAUUACCUUGCGGCGGCUGCUUAUGUGUGUGUGGUGAGUGCACUGCACUGGGACCGACCGUUCUGAGGAUGGUGGCCUUUGCUUGCUGCCGCAAAUUGCCACUGAUCGAUUAAGACGCAGCAAGACAGCAUCCCAUCCACAGCGACACGUUUUUUGUGGAGCGUGUCCGUAUGAGUGCACGUGUGCACACCUGAGGAGGGAUGUGAAGGAGUCUGCGAUGAGAGUGUCCAAGAAAGAGCCUCUAGAAGGCAGCCCACGCGCGAACAUACACAACGUCUCAGUGCACUCCUGGUCAGCUGCGUAGAUUUGCUGCAUUGCAUCCCACACACACGUACACACAGAGUUGCUCAGCACUGCCGUGCUUGCGGUCCCGCUUUUCCCUGCCCACCUGUGUCUCAUUUCCCUCGCGAAUCAGCAGGGCGCACCCACUAAGAUGUGUUAGCAUAUACUCGGCAGUCAUGUCGACGCCUUCGCUGCCCGAGCACGGCAGUACGGGAGCACGGGCGUUCGGAAGUAUGCCUGCAUCGAUGAUGGUCUCGAGAAUGGCUGGCUGCGACUCGGGCACCGUGUCUGAUCACGCACACGGGAGGCAUCACGUGGUUCGGUGGGUGGGUGGGUGGGUGGGUGGGAGGGUGGGCGUGUGGGUGUGUCCGUCCGUCUUACGAAUGGUGCUAGAUAUGGAAAGCAAUGUCGAUGCAAGCACGUUGGCCGCGUUCUCACGCGUCUCCUCGUCGGGCGAUAUCAACAAUGGUGAGAGCUUGGACAGCAAGCCGUCUUCGAAGAAGGUAUAGGCGAGCCGCGACGGGAUGACUUCGGCCGGCUCCUUGGGCGCUGCAAUCAAAGCAAACGAGACGUCCAGAUCUAUUGGUGUCAAGAUGAAGAUCCUCCUGGGCGUACCGUAAAAAAACUUUCUGAGGAUGGUGGUUGCGGCUCUCUUGACCAUCAGCUGCUGGUGGUCCAGCAGCUGCACGAGCGGAGGCAGCCC